UCUCAAAAUUUUUGCGUUUUUUCGUUUUUAUUUCUUUCCUAUUGCGUUAUUUUUUAGCAAUGAAUUUUGUUUUCCUUUUUCUCGAUUGUCUCCUGCGCUCACCACUGUAUGCUCAGACUCCCUUCUCAUUCUUCAUCAUUUUGGUCCUCAUCUUCACUUUCUCCUUCACCUACUUCUCCUGCAUUUUUUUGAUCAGCACGAGCAAUUUCAGCAUAAUCUAUUAGAAAUAAUUGAUACUCAAAUUAUACAUAAAUACAAUCCACAAAAAUAUAAAUACAGAAAUCCUAAUAAAAAUCCUUCUAAACUCUC